CGGAAAACAGCCCAUCUCGGACCAAGCCCGAGGCCACUCCAGGAUCCCCCGCUUCGGAAUUCGGCCCGCCCCAGGCUUCCCCUCUCCAUGGCUCCAAAGCAACCGGCUUCGUCCACCCCCUUGGUGGACGAACCCACAAUCCAGCACGCAACACUGCACACACCCCGUCCGAUCGAGCAGCACAUCUACACGACUCCAUCGCUGGUGCUCUACGCCGUGUGGCUGUACCUGUACCUCUACAAGUACGAGCAGUUUAUGGGCUCGCGAGAGUUCACUCUGCUCUCGUUCCUGCUGUGUCUGGCGCUCCAUGCGCUCGCCUUCCUGAUUUGCCAGUGGAGCGUCGAGCUGAAGGCCUUCCUCACCUGCACCCGUGAGUCCGAUCCCUUCAAGGCAAAGGUCAUCAGUGUCAUCCCCACUGUCCACAACGGCCAGUCUGCCAUGUGUCCUAUCGAGUCGGCUGUAAUCAAGACCGCAGAGGGCUCGAAGCGCGAGCUGUUUUUCUUCUUCCAGAAGCAAAAGUUCAUGUACGAUGAGCAGAAGCAACAGUUCUGCAAGCUUGACUAUCCCGACUCGGCCAGCCAUACUUUUGAGGAGUACCGCCGCAAGACCGGAGUCAUCAGCGACGAUGAUCUAAAUGCCCUCGCUGCCAAAUACGGGCAGAACAAAUUCGAUAUCCCAAUCCCAAGCUUCCAGGAACUUUUCAAGGAGCACCUGGUCGCGCCCUUUUUCGUCUUCCAGCUCUUUUGUGUCGCUCUCUGGUUCCUCGACGACAUGUGGUACUAUUCUCUCUUUACGCUCUUCAUGCUCUUUGUCUUCGAGUCGACCGUGGUGUUCCAGCGACUCCGCAACCUCCAGGAGUUCCGCUCCAUGUCCAUCAAGCCUUACCCAAUCCCAGUCUACCGCAACGGCAAGUGGACCCAAAUCCAGACCGACGAUCUAGUUCCCGGCGACAUUUGCUCCGUGAGCCGAUGUGUGGACGACAACCCCGUCCCGGCCGACAUGCUCAUCAUCGAUGGCUCCUGCAUCGCCAACGAGGCGAUGCUCUCGGGCGAGUCGACUCCUCAGCUCAAGGAGUCCAUCGCAUCUCGCGAUGCUACCGAUCUCUUCGACAUCUCCAGCGACAAGAACAACGUUCUCUUUGGCGGCACCAAGGUGCUGCAGGUGACCCCUCCGCAGUCGACCUCCAGCAUCAACACCCCCGACGACGGCUGUCUGGCCUUUGUCCUGCGCACUGGAUUUGCCACAGAACAGGGCAAGCUCGUUCGAACCAUCGUCUAUAGCACCGAGCGCAUCACCGCCAACAACCUGGAGUCUCUGUUCUUUAUCUUGUUCCUGCUGAUCUUUGCCAUCGCUGCCUCUUGGUACGUCUGGGUCGAAGGAAGCCAGAACGAGGAGCGAAAGCGCUCGAAAGUGCUGCUGGACUGCAUCCUCAUCAUCACAUCUGUCGUUCCGCCCGAGCUCCCGAUGGAGCUCUCUCUCGCCGUCAACAACUCGCUCAUCGCCCUGGCCAAGGUCUACAUUUUCUGCACCGAGCCCUUCCGCAUUCCGUUUGCCGGAAAGAUCGACAUUGCCUGCUUCGACAAGACUGGCACGCUUACCGUCGAAAAUUUGCUCGUCGAGGGCGUUGCCGGCUUGGACUUUGAUAAGGACGCCACCCUUGCCGACAAGGCUGCCAUCAAGAAGAAGGAUCGGUUCCCUCGUGAGACCACGUUUACGCUAGCGGCUGCCCAUGCCCUCGUUCAGCUUGAGGACGGCACCAUUGGCGAUCCCAUGGAAAAGAACACCCUCGAGUCGAUCGAGUGGGCCAUGCAGCCCGGCGACUUUGUUAUUCCAGCUGCCGAUGCUGCGACCAAACGGUCCAGCAAAGACAGCAUCCGCAUUUUGAGACGCUUCCCCUUCUCGAGCAGCCUGAAGCGCAUGUCGACUGUGUCUCUGCUCGCGACUGCCGAACACACCCAACCCCGAACCUUUGUUGCCGUCAAAGGCGCCCCCGAAACCCUGCGCGAAAUGUACACAUCCGUUCCCGAAUCGUACGACGACAUAUACAAGUACUGGGCUCGACGAGGCAGCCGCGUUCUGGCUCUGGGCUACAAGUUUUUGGAGGGCACCAAGGCGGCGCAGUCGCGCCAUCUCCUGCGUGAGGAAAUCGAGAGCAACCUGCACUUUGCCGGCUUCCUUGUCUUCCACUGCCCGCUCAAGCCCGAUGCUGUCCAAGCCGUCAAGAUGCUUUCGAGCUCGUCUCAUCGCGUCGUCAUGAUCACGGGCGACAACGCCCUGACGGCCUGCCACGUUGCGAGCGAAGUCCAGAUUGCCACCCGCGACGUCCUCAUCGGCGAUGUGCGCGAUGGCGACGCCCUGACCUGGAGGACGAUCGACGAGUCUAUUGAGUUUUCCGUGGACCUGCAGGAGUCUUCGAUUGCCAAGCGACUGACCCAGUACGAUCUGUGCAUCACGGGCCGUGGUCUCGCUGUGAUUCAAAACACGCCAAUGUACGCCGAGCUCCUGCCGAGACUGUGGGUGUAUGCCCGCGUCUCACCGUCUCAGAAGGAGACGAUCUUGACGGACAUGAAGAAGGCUGGCUACACGACGCUGAUGUGUGGCGACGGAACCAACGAUGUGGGUGCGCUGAAGCAGGCACAUGUCGGCAUUGCCCUGCUCGACGGCAAGGCCGAGGAUAUCGAGAGGCUCAACGAGAUCAUGAAGCAGCGACGUCUGAAAGCGAUCAAGGAGCAGCAGGAAGCCAUGCGGCAAAAGUGGGGCCUGCCCGCCAUGCCCGAUCAACCCCCCCAGACACAAGUCGUCGGCCAACCAAACAGGAACGCCCGGGGUGCCGAUUUGCAGGCCAAGACCAAGCAGUUGGAGGAGCAGAUCCAGAACAUGAUGAACGACAUGGACGGCGAAGUGCCGACUAUCAAGUUUGGCGAUGCCUCGGUUGCCGCCCCGUUCACCUCGAAGUUGUCCAGCGUGAUGUCAGUCGUCAACAUUGUUCGCCAGGGCCGCUCGACACUCGUCGCGAUGAUGCAGAUGUACAAGAUCCUAGCCCUGAACUGCCUGAUCUCGGCAUACUCGAUGAGUGUCCUUUAUCUCGCUGGCAUCAAGCAAGGCGAUUGGCAGGCGACGAUCGGAGGAAUGAUGAUGACCGUGUGCUUCUUUGCCAUCGCCAAGUCUUCGUCUGUCGAAACUCUGUCCAAGAAGCGCCCCCAGGCCAACAUCUUCAAUCUGUAUAUCAUACUGUCGGUCUUGGGACAGGCGGCCAUCCACGUUACCUCCCUGAUCUACAUCCGCCAGCUUGCGAUCGACUACUCUGAGGACCUCGACGAAAACAUCAACCUUGAUGCCGAGUUCCAGCCCAAUCUCCUCAACAGCGCCGUGUACCUCGUCUCCCUGAUCAUGCAGAUCUCGACGUUUGCGAUCAACUACCAAGGACGGCCCUUCCGGGAGAGUCUUGUUGAGAACAAGCCACUCUACAACAGCCUGUUCUCGGUCACCUGCAUUGCCUUUGCGGCAGCAACGGAGUUCUCCAGCGUCCUGAACGAUUGGAUGCAGCUGGUUCCCUUCCCUGACGAUUUCCGCUACAAGCUGCUGGCGACCAUGGUCUUUGACUUUGGUGGUGCAUGGCUGUGGGAAAUGGGAAUGGCCACCAUGUUCUCGGACAACCGUCCCAAGCCCAGCCUGCUUCUAGACUAGAAUAGCUGCCGGGGAUCCUGGUGAAAGGAAGGGUCCGUUAGCCAUUUAUUUGUUGCUGAUGCGGCAUCAUCGACCAUCAAAUACACCUGAUCAUUGGUCAGCUCCCCCCCCCCGUCGCUCGGAGGGCGGGCUGCUGGCCAAGAACCUGGUCCGCGUCAUUCCCAGCCGCACGCUUUCAGGAAAUACGGGCGCGCAUGCUCCCGUUUCACAGUGUAGUUGUUGAUGGCCUGCAGGCCAUAUGCAAUAAACGACCGCCUCCGAGCGAAGCCCGCUCAUCCCUCUCCGGUCUCCACCUUC